AAACAGCUCAUGGUCAUCGUGAUGAGUGUCGCGUUGGAUCAUCGACCACGUAAGAACGGAGUUAGCUCCCCUGUUUCUUGAACCGAUGCUCGAGUAACACCAGGAAAUAUUCCCUUUGAGAUAUAGCUUUUCCUGUGUGCAUUUCAAUUUCCUUCUGAUUUGGCAUUUCCGAAUGUCCUAUUUUGUUGAUAAGACCAGAAAAUGUAAAGUACUAAACGAUGACAGUUCACUGGGGUCGCGAACGACGCUGUAUACAUGGGUAGAAGACCUUCCUUAUUCAGCCUGGACCUGUGACAAGAGCUUAUCUCUGAACCAUGAGAGUGGGCAGAAGAAAAAUCGUUGCUAAGGCUGCCCCAGACCGAUCUGAGAAGUCCAACAUGGCGCGGAAGGGGAAAAAGAAAUCACUAGAAACAGACAGUGGCUUAAAGACAAACGAAGAAGUAACGUCAGAAGACACUGUAGGGGCAGACAGAACAAUGACACUUGUCAGUGUGAAGAGAGAAAGCCAUGCCUGUGAGUUCUGUUUUGAGACUUUUACAGAUGAAAAACAAUUUAAUAGCCACAUGCAGCUGCAUUUACCCUUUGGAGAUCGCCCUUUCCGAUGCGAGACUUGUGGCAAGACGUUCAAGGAGUCCUACCAGCUCAAGGAACACAUGAACACUCAUCUCAAAGAAAGACCCUACAGAUGUCAUCUAUGUGGAAAGUGUGUGUCGGCCAAGAAAACCUUGAAGAGCCACAUUGCAAAUCACACAGGUAACAAGAAGCAUAAUUGCACUAUUUGUGAGAAGACCUUCUUCUAUGGUGGUGCUCUCAAGGAGCACAUGGUGGUGCACAGUACAGAGAGGACACACAAGUGUGAAAUUUGUGGAAAAGGCUUCGCAAAGAAGUCUGCACUUGGACAUCACCACCUGGUUCAUACAGAUGUUCGUCCUUUCCAGUGUGAGCUGUGUGAGAAGACGUUCCGCUUGGCAUGUGACCUCAGAGUACACAAGAGGUACCACACAGGGGAACAGCCUUUUGAAUGUGAGCAAUGCGGGAAGACGUUCUACCGGGCACAGUAUUUAAAAAAACAUAUGUUGGUGCACAAGAAGUAUAACGGGAGGGCAUCUGUACAGCAUGACAGUGCUUCUGUGGUUAUUGUUUCAGACAACACCGGUUCAAGAUCAGAUUCUUCUAAAAUUCUCUUGAAGCAGGAGGUUGAAAUUCCCCAUUCUGAUCCAGAGCUUGACAAUGAUGAUGAUUGUGAUGAUGACUUUAUUGAAUGUCCUAAAAGUGAACAGAUCUGUACAGAAAGCCUGCCAGACAAUACUGAACCAUGGCAUGGAGGACAUGACAGAUAUGUAUCUGAGGGGGAGAAGACUGUACAACCAGGUGAUGAUACAAAAGCCUUUGAGGAGGAUGUGGUGGAAGAUCUGAAACACAGCGGGACUGACUCUGCAGGAGAUCCAUCUGAUAAAGAUAGACACUAUCAAAUGUUGGACCUUGGUGAGAAGGUUGAAUUUGCUGGUUCUGGAAGGCCUCUGCUCAAAGCCAGUAUGGUCAAUGAGGGUGCUGAGAACGCGAACUGUCAGUACAGCAGUGUAGGAAUGCCGUCACACUGCUCAGACACAACACUGCAACGAGAGAGUCAACACAAGACUGUGCUAGACGUCCAAGUGCCACCAGAUUCUGAGACAAUAUUGAUCGCUACAUCUGAACAUCAACACAAAACUCUGCCAGACAUCCAAGUGCAAAGAGGUUCUGACACAAUAGCGAUCUCUUCUGCUGAAAAUCAACACAAAACGCUGCCAGACAUUCAAGUGCCACCAGAUUCUGACACAAUUGUGAUCUCUACGGCUAAAAAUCGGCACAAACCUCUACCAGAAUUAAAAAAGCCUGCAGAGUCGGACACAAAAUUGAUCACUGCAGCUGCAAAUGAUCCAGGUCAGUGUAUUCCUGAAAUGGAGAGGUCUGAAGAGAAGUCUCAUGUUUGUGAGACGUGUGGAAAGGGCUUUCGUCGGCUGCAAGGCUUAAAAUUACACAUGAGAGUGCACAGGGGGGUAAAGUUCAAAAAGGUGUUGGAAUCUGUCAUUGAAGACGACACGUUUGAAGAUGGUGGGGUAGAAGAUGACAUAUGUGAUGAAGACAUAAGCUUGACAGGUCAGGAAGUGAUUAACCCAAGCAUAAACGGAACGGACGCUGGAACUGAUGACAAGAGUUCCAACCCAAACAGUAACAAGUCAGGAACAGAUAUCAGUGACAGUAACCAAAACAACAAGGAACAGAAUAUGUGCAAUGUUUGCGGGAAAAUGUUUCGAUUUCCUGUCCAUUUGAAAAAACACAUGAUUGCCCAUACAGAGACAAGACCAUUUGGGUGCCCAGAUUGUGACAAGAGCUUCAAGACCCCGAUAGCCUUGAACCUUCACAGUCGGGUUCAUACAAAAGAAAAGCCAUAUGCUUGUGAUGUCUGCGGGGUCUGCUUUGCUCAGAAGAGCACCCGUAAUCUACAUAAGAACACAGUUCACCUGGCUCUUCGACCUUUCAAGUGUAACAUAUGCGGCAAGACGUACGGCCGUCGGAGUCACCUGAUGGAACACAAGCAAUCACAUGUUGGGUUGGGUGUUUCACAUAAAUCUUCUCAUUGUAAAAUUUGCAACAAGGCCAUCAGCAAUCAUGCCAUGAAAGAGCAUAUGAGGAAACACACGGGAGAACGACCUCUUCAGUGUCUUUACUGUGAUAAGACAUUCGCUUGGGCGAGAGCACAUAGGAGGCACAUGGCAACCCAUUCGCUUGAGAAACCGUUCAAGUGUGAGAAAUGUGGGAAAGGUUUUGCUAAUAUUUCCUACCUGAAAGUCCACAUGGUAUCUCAUACUGAGAAGACGUUUGUGUGUGAAGUGUGUGGGAAGGCGUUUCACACUCAGUCAGUGUUGCAGAUGCAUCGUCACAUACACAAUCCAGACGAAAAGCUUCCGUUUCAGUGUGAUCAUUGUGUGAAAAGUUUCCACACUUCGAGCGCCUUACGAACUCAUAUGGAUGUUCAUACCGCUGAAAAGAUUUACCAGUGUCAAGUAUGUGGGAAGAGUUAUUCUCGGAUAUCGGUCCUCAAGAAACACAUGAAAGGCCAUUAUGGUGUUCCCAUUGAAAAAACGAUAAAAUGCCCGGAUUGCAACAAAUUGUUUACUAGCACGUUCCGUUUAAAAGAACACAGGAGAACCCACACUGGAGAACGGCCAUAUAGUUGUGAGCUUUGUCACAAAAAAUAUGCUUCAAAGAAAGGACUCAAGUCUCAUAUGUCCAAUCACACUGGAGUCAAACCUCACCGUUGUUCAGUGUGCAAGAAAGGUUUUUCACGAGCUGGGGAACUGAGUCAACAUGAAGUUAUUCACGGGGAAAAAUCAUUUACUUGCAAAACUUGUGGGAAAAGUUUUCUUCGGGACUUUAAUCUGAAGGAGCACAUGUUCACACACACAGGUGGAAGAGACAAGACAAUUCCUUGUGAUGUUUGUGGGAAAAAAUUUGCCAAGCAAUGCAUGUUGAAGCGUCAUAUGAUAUUUCACACCAAUGACAGACCUUUUCAGUGUGAGCAUUGUGAUAAGCGAUUCUACUUGCUGGGACAUCUGCAAUCUCAUCUUAGAACUCACACAGGCGAGUCUCCGUUUCAGUGUAGUUAUUGUGAGAAAACAUUCAAGUCUCAUCAUGGAUGCAAGAAACAUAUAAAUUCUCAGCAUGCAGAACAAUGUAAACCUGGUGAACCAAUUGAGGAAACUGUGUUCAUCAUCACAUUUCCGUAAGGCUGGACGUAUUUAUUUCUGUGUUUGUUUCCCUUCUCCCGACAGCUUCAUUCUGUAGCGAAAUAAUUUGAGUGAGUUUGGUUUAAAGACACUUUUAACAGUAUUCCAGUUAUAUCGCGGCGUGUCAUGCCCGAAGUGAUGCAGGUCUCAGACGUUGACCACUUCGAUGAAACCCACGAGCACGG